UCACCUAUAAAACCACCCCCUACAAUCCUCGCAGCCACCAUUCCUCCACCACCACCACCACCACCAAACGUACACCAAAGCUCCGGAGAUUAACAGAGUCAAUCUCUAUCUUUCGCUACUUGGAAUUAGAGGAGUGUAGCUACAUUAAACUGUGAGGACAGAAGGGCAUGGCUCUUGACCAUUACUUAGCUAAGGAAUGGAAGUCCAUAUCAGCUGCAGCCUCAGACUUGGACAAUUGUCCUGGCUGCUUCGAUUGCAACAUAUGCUUGGACUUUGCACAUGACCCUGUGGUUACCCUAUGUGGCCACCUCUACUGUUGGCCUUGCAUCUACAAAUGGUUCUACUUCCAGAGUGAUUCCCUUGCUUCAGAAGGGCACCCACAGUGCCCGGUUUGCAAAGCUGAAAUAUCCCACAAUACGGUUGUCCCCCUCUAUGGCCGUGGCCAAACCCCGCCUGAAGCUGAACUCGACGCCAAGGCAUCCCCUGUGGAGGUGGCUAUACCCCCAAGGCCACCUGCUUGUGGUACCAAAAUUCUGACCUCUAUGUCUCAAGAUAGUCAGCAGCUUGAAUAUCAUAAUCCUUAUCAGAAUCAACAAUACUCCGCUCAUCCUGACAGCAGUUACGAAGAAGAUUCUGCACCAUCACUAUAUAAUCUUGGGAUGUAUGGAGAAAUGGUUUAUGCGAGGGUGUUUGGGAACUCGCAGAGCUUGUAUACAUACCCGAAUUCCUAUCACUUGGAGGGGAGUAGAAGCCCAAGGUUGAGAAGGCAGGAGAUGCAGGUUGACAGGUCUCUAAACAGAAUUUCAAUUUUCCUCCUUUGUUGCUUUCUUCUGUGCCUUCUCCUUUUUUAAUUACCGAUUAUGUCUUUCUCCCUCCUUUUUGUAGACUGUAAAAUAUUAUGAACAAUGCACGGAUAGAUGAUGUUAGAUUUAUUAUAAAUGAGAUCAUGAUAUUAUAAAUUUUGCGCA